GGUUGGAAAAGAUUGCUGGAAAAUUAAAUUAAACUUUAUCCACCAUAAUUUAUUAGCUGUGGAAAACUAGUGUUCAGAAAUAUGUUUUUUUACAAUAAGUUGUUAUCCCCCUGAUUAAAUCAACAAGUGAUAUGAAAAAGUGUUAAGGUUAACAUAGAAUGUGUUGAUGAGCAUUAAAUGUUGCUUGUCAUCCCACGAAAGUGCAAUGUAGUGCAGAUUUUGAGUCUAUGAGAGAAGCACGCAUUUUGAAAAAAUGAAGUUUGAAGAAUUUUGUUUAAAAUUAUUAUCAUUUCCAUGGCUGGCAAAGUUAUCUGGGUGGAAACACCAUUGCACUGAGUACACACAGACUCCAUUUCCUAUUAUAACACUUCCCGGAGGAACAUUUUAUCCUACUGAAUCAUCAGCCACAACAUCACCAUUCACAUUUGCACCGACAGUCACACCAACAAAUCCACAAGCCACAACAACAGUAAAUCCAAAUACCUGUCCACCUUUUCCUACAAUUUGUAACCCUCCAAGCGGUAGUGGUGGAGAUUUUGGUGAUAAUUCGAUAGAUCCAAGACUGGUGCGAAAUAAGAGGCAAACAGUGAACGGAUGUCCAUGUAUUGAUAUAAGAUCAGCGCUGAAUUUGUUAAUAUCAAAAGGAAUGUUAGGGGAAAUCCCACAAAAUAAGUUAAAAAAUGUAAAAAGUGAAAUGUCAUCGUGAAGUUGUUAAAUAAAUUUAAAAUUUUUUACUUUAGUUUAAUUGAGAGUGUUUUGAUAAAAUGGACAUUGUUUUCAAGUAAUUU